AUGAGGUUCUUCACGAUAUUCCUGUCCCUGGCCGCGGUACUGUCCGGCGUCGCGGCCCAGGGCGAUGCCUCCGCGGCCGUGGCAUCGCUGCCGUCCUGCGCGCAAGCAUGUCUCUUGACAGCCGUCUUGAACUCGCCGUGCGCGCCCACCAACCAGACAUGCAUCUGCACCAACGCUCCUUUGCAGGCCGAAGUUGAAGUUUGUGUAUUGCAGAACUGCACGCUGCGCAACGCCCUCACGACCAAGAACAUCACCCAGACGACGUGCGGCGUGACCCCGCGGGACCGCACCACCCAGUACAAUAUUAUCUCUAUCACAAUGGGAACCCUCUCCGGCGUCUUCGUCGUGAUCCGCUUGGUUCACAAGAUCUUCGCGAGCGCGGGCGUACUCGGCGCCGACGACUGGUUCAUCCUCGCCACUCUGGGCUCCGGAAUCCCGGGUACCGUCAUCAACACCCACGGCUUCGCAGCAAACGGCCUCGGAAAGGACAUCUGGACGGUCCCCUUUGACAGGAUCACCGACUUUGGCUACUGGUUCUUCGUCAUGGAGCCGAUGUACUUCGCCCAGGUGACGCUGCUGAAGAUGUCGCUCCUGUUCUUCUACAUGCGCAUCUUCUCGCACAACAAGCUCGUCAGGAACCUCAUCUGGGCCACGGUGACGUUCAACGCCGUCUUCGGCGUCACCUUCAUCUUCGUCGCCGUCUUCCAGUGCACCCCGAUCAGCUUCUACUGGACAAAGUGGGACAACGAGCACCCCGGGACGUGCCUCGACAUCAACGCCAUCGCCUGGGCCAACGCGGGCAUCUCCAUCGUCCUCGACUUCUGGAUGCUCAUCCUGCCCCUGUCCCAGAUCAGGGGGCUGAACCUGCACUGGAAGAAGAAGAUCGGCGUCGCCAUGAUGUUCUUCGUCGGCACCUUCGUCACCGUCGUGAGCAUCCUGCGCCUGCAGUCCCUCGUCGCCUUCGCCAAGUCGCAGAACCCGACGUGGGACCAGUUCGAGGUGGCGACCUGGUCGACGGUCGAGAUCAACACGGGCAUCAUCUGCGCCUGCAUGCCCUCGGUCCGCAUCAUCCUCGUCGGCUUCUUCCCCAAGCUGCUCGGCACCACGCGCCGCGGCACCUCGGCCGCCGCCAAGUACUACAUCCAGUCGAGCGGCAACCACACCGGCCACGGCCGCAGCCGCGCCCGCACCUUCGGCAACGAGGCCAAGAUCAAGACGGUCGACCGCGAGUCCGGCCUCACCAACGGCAGCCCGAACGGCAUCAUGUACACCAAGGAGUACGCCGUCGACUACCACGACGAGACCAGCCUGGUACACAUGCGGGAGAUGGAGGCCUCGAGUUCCAAGACCGGGAGGAGCGGGUCGCCGUUUUGA